CGAACAUCUUCUACAUACAAUCAUCCAUUUCCUUUGCUUCUUUGCUAAUGAAACCUCGAUAAACGGUCUCUUUAUGUCUGAAGGCCUGAUCCACGAAGGACCUCUGGCUGAUUACUUUGAGGCCGUCGGCUCAGGAGAGGCAGCUGCGAAUUGGGGCGUUGAGGAGUCACCAAGGUUUGAGAAUAAACCGAGUUUUGCGCCGAGCUUUGUACGGAGAAUCAGUUCGGGGCGGGUGAGGCAGUUGCAUACAAGUGAUGCGGCGUCGACACGGAGGGCACGAUUUCAGGCUCUCUUCACGACCGCACUCAAACCACGCCUCCCACGAACCGAAACCUCCCGCUUCCUCGAACGCUUCCGCUACGUAAUCUGUACAUCCCAGCUCCUUGGCGAUAACGUCUCCAUAUCCCUCUACGCAGAGCAAAUCACUUUCGACCACCACAAGGAUGAACUAGACGAGGAAUGGAUCAAUAUCACGAAGAAAGCUGGGAGUAUACGGUAUUGGAGUGGGAGUGGUGGGUGUGUUUUUGUGGUUGUGUUGCUGUUUGCGUGGAGUUUGAGAGGGAAUGGGAGGUGGACUGAUGGGAGGACGAGGGUUGCGGCGGCGGUGACGCUUUCGGUGCUGGUUUGGUUGUAUUGGUUUGCACAUGCCCGUCGGCGAUAUACUCGAAUAUUGCGAAUACGGGCUUUGGACCUCACCUCCCGGCUUGUACAACAGUCUCAAGCUUUCGAUGUGUCUGUUAACAAAUUACUCUCAAGAAUACAAGAGGUUGAACUGGUAUCCCGAGGAUACCGCCUUUCUUCGCCCUUACCUCCGAUCGCUCGCCUCGAAUUGCAUACAAGAUCACGACGCUGCGCACUGCUCAGAUCAACCCUCGCAGCUUCCAUGGCCCUCGCUGCCUCAGCGCACGGUCGAGCGUAUGCUGCAUUGAAGGAGCUGGCGCAGCCGCAAGAUCUCUAUGCGCUGCGCGACAUGUUCAACAUCCCCGACUACGAAGAAUCCGAGGCAGGUGACGAGGCGGAAAGCGUGCGGACGGUGGAUGACCCUGAGAGUCUAACCGCGCUUAAAGCAGCCUUCCAUAAAAUGCACCUUCGCCGACGGGAAGGUCUUUGCUGUUUGCUCGCAGUGGACGCUGGUGAUGCGGACGAACGACCGAGGUGGAAGGCUCUGUGCGAGCAGGUGAAGGUCUUGGGCGAUCUGAUGGAGCAGUUGAACGGGGAGAUGAGACGCGCUAUCGAUGAAGAUGAGCGUCGACUUGAUAUUCCAUUGACGCCGUUGUUGGGAUCGUCCGGUAAUGGAGACCGGCUCAAGACGCACAUUCGUGGGAUCAGCUCCCUUUCGCAUACACUAAGAAGCGUGACCGCAAAAAUGCAUAUCGUACGUGAAGAUUCGGCGCGAUUGUUGCAAGGUAAUCCGGAACCAGAAUCCCAGGAGGAGCUCUUGUCACAAUACGACUCGAUUGGCCAAGACCUGCGAUCCUUGAUGGCGGACUGGGAAAAGGGCCGGUCAUCUCUGACGAACUUGUUCAGCAAGUCCUCGCUGCAAUCGCCUACUCUUGAACCAGCAAGUCCGUCUGGAAGCAUGCCGGGGUUGAGCGUCAGCAACACUACGGAGACCGAAGAAGUAGCACCUACACUCCGUGUGAACCGAUCACCAAGGCCGAGACCGGAUAGUUGGAUGAUCUCUGUCGGGGCCCCCUCACCUCUAGGUCUCUACACCGAAGACAACGACAAAGAAAAAGUCUUCGAAGCCAUCGCAGAAGAUCCGCGUCAAAAACCUCGCGAAGGACCCCGUCCAACCCGAGCAGAACGCAUCGAGCAAAUGAAGAAAGACCGCGAAGCAGCAGAAAUUCAGAAGAAAGACCGAGAGGUUGGAAAGAACGUUGUCCUAGAAUUAAAGGACGUUUUGGACCUGCGAGGCCGCCGGCGGCCGUCGGCGAGACGAGGUCCUUCGGGGUUGGGCAUUGAGAUUACGAAUGCUAAUGUGUAA